UCAGGCCACAGAGGAUGAGAUGCGCCUCCUUCGUUUCCAACGAAAACUGGACGACGAGAAAGGGGCAGGGCUACUGGGACUAUCUCUACAGGCGACGAUGGAGGCUCUUCUGGCUUUAGGACUCCACAAACAAGCAGAACAACUUUACAGAGACUUCAGAGUUCCUGACAAAAGGUAUUGGUGGUUAAAACUGAAGUCUCUGGCAGAGAAAGAGGAAUGGGAGGAGUUGGAGAAGUUCUCAAAGAGCAAGAAGUCUCCUAUUGGAUACCUGGCGUUUGUUGACGUUUGCAUGAAGUGUAACAACAAGUACGAAGCCAAGAAGUACGUUUCUAAGGUAACACCUGAGCAGAAGGUCAAAGCUCACCUGGCCAUCAGUGAUCUGGAGGGGGCGGCGGAUGCUGCCAUCGAACACAAGAAUGAAUCAGAGAUGGCGGCGGUCCUCUCCAGAUGCUCCGCCUCCGAUCGCUCGUUGAUUGACAGGUUGAACCGAGCCAGAGCCUCCGUUGCCAAAAAGUGACCCUUUAUUCAGAGUGUAUGUCCAGAGACAGCAGAGACUCUGCUGCCAAAUAGUGACCCUCAGUUUGCUUUCUGAUUGGUCAUUACCAUCGUCGUGUACUAUUCUUCAUAUGUUUUAAUGUGUAACAGAGCUGAUCAUAUUAUUAAUUAUAUGAUUAUUGAUCAUCCAGCUGUAACAUGUAUUCUUCUUCUGUGUUUCUGUGUGAAUAAAAAAAGAAAAAGAAA